AUGAACUACGGCAAAAAGGAUGAAGAUGCCGACACCGGCCUGGUCAAGGUCGACCGGACCCAGGUCUUCCAGGAAGCGCGAUUGUUCAACAGCUCGCCCAUACAGCCUCGAAGAUGUCGGAUCCUCCUGACCAAGAUCGCCCUCCUGCUCUACACCGGCGAGAAGUUCCCUACCAACGAAGCCACCACCCUCUUCUUCGGCAUCUCGAAGCUCUUCCAGAACAAAGAUGCCAGCUUGCGACAGAUGGUCCACCUUGUCAUCAAGGAGCUGGCCCACUCCGCCGAGGACAUCAUCAUGGUCACCAGCACUAUCAUGAAGGAUACUGGAGGCAGCACGGACAUAAUCUUCCGGCCAAACGCGAUCCGCGCUCUGUGCCGUAUUAUUGAUGCGACCACUGUUCAAUCCAUUGAGCGUGUCAUGAAGACUGCCAUUGUCGACAAGAACCCCUCCGUAUCCUCCGCCGCCCUGGUAUCGUCCUACCACCUGCUCCCCAUCGCGAAGGACGUCGUCCGUAGGUGGCAGAGCGAGACCCAGGAAGCUGCCGCCAGCACCAAGUCCUCAGGUGGUUUCUCCCUCGGCUUCUCGUCCUCCUCUGGCCAGCUGCCAGUAAACAACUCCACGAUGACGCAAUACCAUGCCAUUGGCUUGCUGUACCAGAUGCGUAUGCACGACAGGAUGGCCUUGGUCAAGAUGGUUCAGCAGUUCGGAGCCGCUGGUGCGGUCAAGAGCCCUGCUGCCAUUGUCAUGCUCGUCCGCCUUGCGGCGCAACUCGCCGAGGAAGACGCUGGCCUCAGGAAGCCCAUGAUGCAGCUCCUGGACGGCUGGCUGCGACAUAAGAGCGAGAUGGUCAACUUCGAGGCGGCCAAGGCAAUCUGCGACCUGCGGGACGUUACCGACGCCGAGGUCGCGCAGGCCGUCCACGUUCUGCAGCUCUUCCUCACGUCUCCCCGAGCAGUCACCAAGUUUGCUGCCCUCAGGAUCCUCCACAACUUUGCCUCUUUCAAGCCCGAAGCCGUCCACGUCUGCAACCCAGACAUCGAGCUUCUGAUUUCCAACAGCAACCGUUCCAUUGCUACCUUCGCGAUUACGACCCUGCUCAAGACGGGCAAUGAAGCUAGCGUUGACCGCUUGAUGAAGCAAAUAUCGGGUUUCAUGUCCGAGAUCACGGACGAGUUCAAGAUUACCAUUGUUGAGGCCAUCCGGACACUGUGCCUGAAGUUCCCCAGCAAGCAAGCCGGUAUGCUGCAAUUCCUGAGUGGUAUCCUCCGAGACGAGGGUGGCUACGAGUUCAAGCGCGCUGUGGUCGAGAGCAUGUUCGACUUGAUCAAAUUCGUUCCUGACUCGAAAGAGGAUGCCCUCGCCCACUUGUGUGAGUUCAUCGAGGAUUGCGAGUUCACGAAGCUUGCCGUGCGGAUAUUGCAUCUGCUGGGUGUGGAGGGUCCGAAGACGUCUCAGCCAACAAAGUAUAUCCGAUACAUCUACAACCGCGUCGUCCUGGAGAACGCAAUCGUCCGCGCUGCCGCAGUGACCGCUUUGGCCAAGUUUGGUGUGGGCCAGAAGGAUCCUGAGGUGAAGAGGAGUGUGCAAGUUCUACUUACUCGCUGCUUGGACGAUGUCGAUGACGAAGUCAGAGACCGUGCCGCCCUGAAUCUCAGGUUGAUGAGCGAAGAAGACGAGAUGGCGGCCAAAUUCGUGAAGAAUGACAGCAUGUUCUCGCUUCCCUAUUUCGAGCACCAGCUCGUCAUGUACGUCACAUCGGAUGACAAGUCCACGUUCGAGUCAGCAUUCGACAUCUCCAAGAUUCCCGUGGUCACUCGGGAGCAAGCAGAUGCUGAAGACAGGACGAAGAAGCUCACAGCUUCUACUCCAUCCCUCAAGCCACCAAAGGUGGCGUCAACAAAGGCUGCGCCAACUGGAGCCGAAGCUGCGGCUUCUGCUACAGCGGCAGCUCAACAGUACGCUCAGGAGUUGUUGAACAUCCCAGAAAUGAAGGAGUUUGGCAGCGUGCUCAAGUCAUCACCUGUUGUCGAGUUGACGGAGGCCGAGACGGAAUACGUCGUCAAGGUCGUCAAGCACAUAUUCAAGGAGCACAUUGUGCUUCAAUACGACAUCACCAACACCCUCGACUCUGUUGUUCUAGAGAACGUAUCUGUGCUCGCUGGUCCUUCAGACGACGAGGAACUUGAGGAGGUCUUCAUCAUCGAGGCGGAGAAGCUUUCCCAAAACGAACCCGGCAAGGUCUAUGUUGCGUUCAAGAAGGCCGGUGGCGAGGACUCCUUGCCCGUUGUCUCUUUCACCAACACCCUCAAAUUCACCAGCAAAGAAAUCGACCCCUCGACAAACGAGCCCGAGGAGAGCGGAUACGACGACGAGUACGAGGUGGCCGAGUUCGAUCUCGCUGGCAGCGACUACGUGAUCCCGACGUACGCGAGCAACUUUGCGCACCUGUGGGAGCAGGUCGGUGCCGCUGGCGAGGAGGCUGAGGAGACGCUGCAGCUGAGCGGCAUGAAGAGCAUAGCAGAAGCAACUGAGCAGUUGGCAAAGACCCUGUCGCUCCAGCCGCUGGAAGGCACCGACGUGCCUGUCAACCAGACCACUCACACGCUCAAGCUCCUCGGCAAAUCAGUCAACGGUGGCAAGGUCGUUUCCAACGUCAGGAUGGCCUACUCGGCCAAGUCGGGCGUCACAACCAAGAUCACUGUGCGCGCAGAGGAGGAGGGCGUGGCUGCGUUGGUGGUUGCUUCGAUUGCAUAG